AUGGAGAAACAAGUUCAUUCCGAUGACCCAAAGGAUGCAUUCCAGUGCAAGAUCGAAGAUGGCAAGCAAAACUUUUCCAGCGAAGUACUUGGGAAUGUACAUUCGAAAAAACACGACCUAAGCUUGAACUUGGAAAUGCCGCUGAAAGGUCCGGGUGGUUUAUUCGCCGAUCAAACCCCCACACCAACCCGAUUGAUCGGGAAAUGUGAGGAAGUAGGCUUAUUCGAAGACCUACAGAAGGUAAAUCCGUUCGACGAAACAUUUCGUAGAGCUGUAGAGUCCGGUACAAACAACGAACCAUCGUUUACCACUGAGUUGUCUCGCGUUGAAACGGAUGUUUCUGCUAUUAGUUGUCGACUUGGUGAAGGUGAAACACUGCACACUCCGCACAUAUUCCCUAGUAAUAUCAACCGCGUUUCUCACGAUGCUGUUUCCGCUAUCAAGAGCAGUGUUGUUAAGCAGCGAUCGAGAAUAAAAACAAAUAAGGUAUCAUCUCGCAACAAACAAAACAUGGAAAUGGUUUCUGCUUUUAAGUCCAUAAUACCAACACCCUUGAAUAGUGAAAAAAGAAAUUUUAGAAGGACAAUUUCUACCAAACGAAAAACUCCUGCCGUGGUGGAGAUUCUACCCAAACCGCCCGUUCGUGUGCCCCCGAUAGUGGAUGAUUCGAUUCCACUUGUCAUCAUUCCCUCCGGGUCAAUGGACAAAACACUGGCAUUAGACAGCAUGUCUUCUUCUGUGGAUUUGGCCCCUGCGCUAGUGAAAGAAAAACUAAAAGAGCAUCUUAUUAAGGUGCGGGACAACGGACAAGCUGCGAAUAAAAUCCCGGCUUUUAAAAAAAGAUCAAAAAAUGCAAUGGAAAGUAGGGAAAAUUCAAACAAAAUUCCCAAAACUAACGAAUUGUCGAAAAUAGUUGACAAUCAGGCAGAUCAAAAACACGAACGUUGGAAGGCGGCUGCCAAGCGCUAUCGGGUGCGGAUGAAGGAAAGCCAAGAUCAGCUGCACAAGCGAAAUAUCGAGCUGGAAGAUGAAAAUUUACGACUUCAUACAGAACUCGCGGAAUUAAAGCAUGUACAUCGUAACUGCUCCGUUUCAAGGGAGCGAAGAAACGCCCCUGUGACGGUACAAAGUACAUCCCCAGGAAUUGCAAAUACCGUCAGCGGAGCGCUGGAAUCCAUGAGUAUUGAAGCACAACAACAAACCGCAGCAUUGCUACUAAAUUCCAUCGAGCAACAGCAGCAACUGAAUGCUAUAUCUUCGCCACAGCAGCAUUUGAUUACUUCGCAUAUCAUUGACAGUCAUUCGAUUAACAGAAUGCCAAUAUUUAUUGUGAUUGGUCCAACAGCAGGAUCUGUUGGGCCGGCAGUUUCUGAAUCUUCGGAAUGUGCCUUAGGAAGAAGUAUUCCAAAUGCAUGAGCCAACGGACUAAGACAUUAAUUGGUAAAGGUUUAACUUUCAAUACAUUUCUGUAUCUGGAACGUGCGUAGUGCUUAGAAUAUGUAGUUUUGGGCAUAUUCAAUCAAUAAUAAAUACGCUGUAUUUUUGAGUUGUCUAUAUAAGUUUCUUUUACUGCUAGUAAAACUUCGGAGUAUUGG